GAAGAGGGUUCAGAGAAUCUGGCCAGGUAGACGAACCGUCAGGUUACAGGGAAACCUGGGUCUAAGGAGCCAAGAUCAAUUGUUUGGGUGCAUAUUAUGCACUGGAGUCAUCAGGCGGGAAGAUGUAUGUGAGUUAUCUCUUAGAGAAGGACACCAGUAUGUACCCAAAUUCCGUCAGACACCCAAGUCUAAACCUGAACCAGAAUUUUGUAACCGCACCUCCACAGUAUCCGGACUUCACAGGAUACCAUCACGUCCCUGGAAUUACCAACGACCCUCACCACAGCCAAACUGGAGCCUGGAACCCCGCGUACCCUCCUCCAAGAGAGGAAUGGACAACUUAUGGGCCAGGAACUGGAGCUUCAACCUCGAGCACUGGUCAGCUGGGCUUCAGUCCUCCAGAGUUUUCAUCUGUCCAAGCGCCCGGCCUUCUUCCAUCUUCAUUAAACUCGUCAGUCGGUCAGCUGUCGCCGAACUCUCAGAGACGGAACCCGUACGACUGGAUGCGUCGGAGCGCUCCGCCGACAAACUCAGGAGGAAAGACCAGAACAAAAGACAAAUACCGGGUAGUGUACACCGACCAUCAGCGUCUGGAGCUGGAGAAAGAGUUUCAUUACAGUCGUUACAUCACAAUAAGAAGAAAGGCAGAGCUGGCGACAGCGCUCAGUCUGUCAGAGAGACAGGUGAAGAUCUGGUUCCAGAACCGGCGUGCUAAAGAGAGGAAAGUCAAUAAAAAGAAGAUGCAACAGCCGCAGCCAGCAUCCACAACCACACCCACCCCACCGGGUUCAGCUCUCCCAGGCAAUGUUCCCAUGGUGACAAGUAGCAGCGGUGGCCUGGUAUCGCCGUCUAUGCCAAUGACUAUCAAAGAAGAGUACUGAAGAGAGAAGGAUGUGCAGACUUUGACUGUUAAUAUUUUUAUACUAUAACAGAGCCCUUUCACACUUCUACACACAUGGUACUUUAAAAUCAACAUAUCUUUGAUGCAAUGAAAAAGAAACUGUGACAAACGUGACUAAGACUGUCUGCUGCAUGGGGUUUUAUUGAAAAAUACAAAUAAAAAGUAGUCAACAACCAUUCCAAAAGUAAUGAAGCAACAUUCUAAGCACACGUAAAUCUGAAAGGUGUAAUAUUCUCUGGUCGUGUUGGUUUCUUUAUUCUAGUACUUUAUUACUGCUGUUGUUUUGUUCAUCAUUGUAAACUUUAAGAUGUUUUGAGAUUCUGAAACUGAAUUAAAAUAAUUGUGUAUUUCUAAAGUAAUUUGUAUUAAUAAAAUAAAUGUUUUAUUGUG